CACUGACCAAAGCAAUGUCUACUUCAGAAAUAACCAGAAUUCUUAAGCUAUCAUCCAUUAUUCAACCGUCCUCUAACUGCCCAUCUCCUUCUGAGAGCCCAAGAUCUAGCUAAUGUUACUUCUUACAGAGAGUGGGUGUUACUUGGUUAUCUUGUUUGUCCUGAUGAGCUACUUCGUGUCACUAGCAUAGAUAUUGCUCUGGUGGUACUAAAGGAAAAUUUAGUUCUUUCAUUAUACAGGGAUGAGUAUAUACUGUUGCAUGAGGAUUACCAGUUAUAUGUUUUACCACGGAUAAUAGAGUCAAAAAAGAUGGCUAAAUCUGGACGAACCAAGCAAAGGGAAGCAGACUUGGAAUAUAAUGUAGCAAAGCAGGUUGAGAAAAUGAUAAGUGAAGUGCAUGAACAAGCAUUGCUAUCAUGUGAAGCUAUACACCGGGAGAGAAGAAUAUUAUUAAAGCAAGAAAUUGGAAGAAUGGUGCUCUUUUUCACUGAUCAACCUAGCUUACUGGCUCCUAACAUUCAGAUGGUUUUUUCUGCAUUGGCCUUUGCUCAAUAUGAGGUCAUUUGGUAUUUCCAGCAUGUAGGAAUUGCAUCAUCAAAAUCAAAAGCUGCUCGGGUUGUUCCAGUUGACAUGGAUCCAAAUGAUCCAACUAUUGGGUUCUUAUUGGAUGGAAUGGACCAUUUAUGCCGUCUAGUGCGCAAAUAUAUUGCAGCAAUCCGGGCUUAUGCAUUAUCAUAUCUCUCCUCCUGUGCUGGUAGAAUUCGUUUUCUGCUGGGGACUCCAGGAAUGGUUGCUCUUGACCCUGAUGCAACUUUGAAAAUACUAUUUCAGCAGAUUGUUCAACAUCUUGACAAUAUACCAAAACCACAAGGAGAAAACAUUUCUGCCAUCACAUGUGAUCUAUCCGACUUUCGUAAAGACUGGUUGUCAAUAUUAAUGAUUGUUACAUCCGCUCGAUCUUCCAUAAACAUAAGACAUUUGGAGAAAGCAACUGUCUCCACUGGAAAGGAAGGAUUACUAUCUGAAGGAAAUGCUGCAUACAAUUGGUCCAGAUGUGUUGAUGAACUGGAAAUUCAAUUGUCAAAGCAUGGAAGUCUGAGAAAGCUUUAUUUCCACCACCAGCACCUGACAGCAGUCUUUAGGAACACUAUGUUUGGACCAGAGGGACGUCCACAGCACUGCUGUGCUUGGCUUGGUGUUGCCAGUAGUUUUCAAGAGUGUGCUUCACCAAUUGUUCCAGAAGAGGUGACAAAAAUUGGGCGAGAUGCUGUCUUAUAUGUUGAAUCUCUCAUUGAAUCCAUCAUGGGGGGAUUGGAAGGAUUAAUUAAUAUUCUUGAUUCUGAAGGAGGAUUUGGUGCUUUGGAGAUGCAGCUUCUUCCAGAGCAGGCAGCUUUUUGCUUGAACAAUUCAUCAAGAGUUUCAAUGCCUUCUGUAAAAUCCCCAAAGGGAGCAAUUUCUUUUCCUUUACCUGGCCAUGAGAGCUAUCCUGAAAAUAAUAACUCCAUUAAAAUGUUGGAAGCUGCAAUGCAGAGGCUGACAAACCUUUGUUCGGUUUUGAAUGAUAUGGAGCCCAUCUGUGUUCUAAACCAUGUGUUUGUUCUGAGGGAGUAUAUGAGAGAUUGUAUCCUUGGGAACUUUAGAAGAAGAUUGCUUACAGUACUGAAAACUGAUAAUGAUCUUCAGCGGCCCUCUGUCCUAGAAUGUCUUAUCCGCAGACAUAUGAGCAUAGUCCAUCUAGCAGAGCAGCACAUUAGCAUGGAUCUGACCCAGGGAAUUCGAGAAGUUCUACUCUCAGAGACCUUUUCUGGACCAGUUUCAUCUUUGCAUUUGUUUGACAAACCAACUGAGCAGCAUACUGGAUCAGCAACAGAAGUUGUUUGCAACUGGUACAUAGAAAAUAUUAUCAAGGAUAUAUCGGGUGCAGGUAUACUGUUUACACCCGUGCACCAAUGCUUCAAAAGCACAAGGCCUGUUGGUGGAUAUUUUGCUGAGUCAGUCACUGAUCUUCAUGAGUUGCAAGCUUUUGUUCGUAUAUUUGGUGGGUAUGGAGUUGAUAGGCUGGACAGAUUGAUGAAAGAACACACUGCUGCACUCUUGAAUUGCAUUGACACAUCAUUGAGAUCAAACCGUGAGGUGUUGGAGGCAGUUGCUGGAAGCAUGCAUUCCGGUGACAGAAUUGAAAGAGAAGCCUGUUUGAAGCAGGCUGUUGAUUUGGAGACCAUGAUUGGCUUUUGCAUUGAGGCAGGGCAGGCAUUGGCUUUUGAUCAGCUACUAGCUGAAGCUUCUAGAUCUGUGCUUGAAGAGGGUGCACCCUUGAUAUGUUCAUUACUUGCUGGGUUGGUUAAGCAUAUACCUGAGGAAGUGCCCGAAAAGAAGGAAAUUAGAAGGAUGAGGAAGGUGGCAAAUAGUGUAGGCUUGGCUGGUGAUCAUGAUUCAGAAUGGGUGAGAUCAAUUUUGGAAGAGGUUGGUGGUGCAAAUGAUGGAUCAUGGAGCUUGCUAUCUUAUAUGUUUGCCACCUUCAUGACAUCUAACAUCUGGAACACUACUGGUUUCAACAUUGACACUGGUGGAUUCAAUAACAAUAUUCAUUGUUUGGCAAGGUGCAUUAGUGCUGUUAUUGCUGGAAGCGAGCAUGUUAGAUUGGAACGUGAACAUCAACAAAGGCAAUUGCUCUCAAAUGGCUGUGAGAGUUUGGAUCCUGAUAUACGUGUCUCUGCUGAUGCAAGCAUAAAAUCUGCAAUGCAGCUCUUUGUUAAAUUUGCAGCAGGAAUUGUGCUAGAUUCUUGGAAUGAAACAAACAGGUCUCAUCUUGUAGCCAAGCUAAUUUUUCUAGAUCAACUGUGUGACAUUUCACCAUACCUUCCACGAAGCUCUCUUGAACAGCAUGUGCCGUAUGCUAUUCUCCGAUCAAUAUAUAACCAGUACUAUUCAAAUUCUCCUUCAAUGCCUCUUGCGUUGUUAACUGCUUCGCCACGCCAUUCACCUGCUGUAGCAUUGGCACAUGCGUCUCCUAUAACAAGGCAGCCCCGUGGGGACUUAACUCCACAGUACAGUGCUAAUGAUUCAGGGUACUUUAAAGGGUCAUCAUCACACAGCCAGGAACGCCUUUAUGAUGGCGAGAUUGGAAGCCUUCGAAGCAUAGAACUGAAACACCAGACCGUUCGCCGGUCUGGGCCUCUAGGUUACAGUUCAACCCGCAAAGUUAAGCACACUGAAGGCUCAACCUCAGGUAGCACUGGUCCUAGUCCUCUACCAAGAUUUGCGGUAUCAAGGUCUGGACCAAUAUCCUACAAGUGAAAGGUAGGUCAGUACCCUAUUCCAACAAGUUAAAGAGUAGUAAAUUAUCUGCUUAUUGUCAAUAAUUAGGAAUAAUUAGCUCAUUAAUUCAGGGAGUUUAGCACGCGCAAAUUUUGGCAAUAAAUAUGUAUAUCUGUAUGCAUGCACUUCGCAACUUCUUUCUAGACUUCUAGUAUUGUUCUUUGAUAAUAUAAUUUAAUUUGUUAA